AAAAGAAAUGAGUGAAUUCUUCUUUAAUAUCGAUCAUGGCUAUUUAGAGGGAUUAAUUCGUGGAUUUAAGUCCGGUCUUUUAACAACGACGGAUUACGCUAAUCUUGUGCAAUGCGAAACUCUCGAAGAUUUAAAAUUGCAUAUUCAAUCAACUGAUUAUGGAAAUUUUUUGGCAAAUGAACCUGGAAGUAUUACUGUUCAAGUUAUUGAUGAACGUUUGAAAGAGAAAUUGGUUGCAGAAUUUAAUCAUCUUCGAAACAAUGCUUUGGAGCCUUUGUCGACUUUUUUGGACUUUAUUACCUAUUCGUACAUGAUUGACAAUAUAAUUCUUUUAAUAACUGGAACUUUGCAUCAACGACCUAUUAACGAAUUAAUUUCAAAAUGCCAUCCAUUGGGUUCUUUUGAGCAAAUGGAAGCAAUACAUAUUGCUUCAAAUUCUGCUGAACUUUAUAAUGCUGUUCUUGUCGACACACCUUUAGCUCCUUAUUUUGUCGACUGUAUUAGUGAACAAGACUUGGACGAAUUAAAUGUUGAGAUUAUUCGAAAUACACUUUACAAGUCUUAUAUUGAAGAUUUUUAUAAUUUUUGUAAAAAACUUGGGGGAAAAACGGCCGAAGUUAUGUGUGAAAUUUUGGCGUUUGAAGCUGAUCGUCGUGCUAUUAUUAUUACAAUAAAUAGUUUUGACACUGAACUUAACAAAGAUGACCGCGCUAAUUUAUAUCCACGUUGUGGAAAGCUUUAUCCAGAGGGAUUAACUGGACUUGCAAAACAAGUCAAACAAGUUUGUGACUAUUAUUCUGACUACAAACAACUUUUUGAAAACAGCGGAAACAAUCCAGGAGAAAAAACUCUUGAAGAUAAAUUUUUCGAACAUGAGGUAAAAUUAAAUGUCCAAGCUUAUUUACAUCAAUUCCAUUUUGGAGUGUUCUAUGCUUUUGUUAAACUGAAGGAGCAAGAAAUGCGUAAUAUUAUUUGGAUUUCUGAAUGUAUUGCACAUCGUCAUCGGGCUAAAAUCGAUAAUUAUAUUCCAAUUAUUUAA